UCCUUUUUUUCAUGAUGUGGGCGGGGCAAGUGUUUGUCAGCUUCGUUUCUUAGCAAUAGAGCAGAGUCCAGAUAUUCAGUGGUCCUCUGCGACGAAACUUGGGCAGGGAGAAGUGUAUCGUACAGUAGAACAUCACGAAACGUCAGAUAUAAGGAAUGGCAGCCAUAAGGAAAAAGCUGGUGAUCGUGGGAGACGGAGCAUGUGGAAAGACCUGUCUACUAAUAGUGUUCAGUAAAGAUCAGUUCCCUGAAGUCUACGUGCCAACUGUGUUUGAGAACUACAUUGCUGACAUUGAGGUGGAUGGCAAACAGGUGGAGCUGGCACUGUGGGACACAGCAGGUCAGGAGGACUAUGACCGAUUGAGACCACUUUCCUACCCAGAUACAGAUGUCAUCCUUAUGUGCUUCUCCAUCGACAGUCCUGACAGUUUAGAGAAUAUUCCAGAGAAGUGGACGCCAGAGGUGAAACACUUUUGCCCCAAUGUUCCAAUUAUUUUGGUGGGGAAUAAGAAAGACCUGCGGAAUGAUGACCACACUCGGAGAGAGCUGGCCAAGAUGAAACAGGAGCCUGUUAAGCCAGAGGAAGGCCGUGACAUGGCCAACCGUAUUAGUGCCUUCGGUUACCUGGAGUGCUCAGCCAAGACCAAGGAUGGUGUGAGGGAAGUGUUUGAAAUGGCCACAAGGGCAGCGCUGCAAGUCCGGAAGAGGAAAAAGAGGAGUGGCUGCUUGAUCUUGUGAGAGAUUUUGUCGAGUCCUGCAGAAGCAUCUGCCGAUGUCCUAGAAAUAUAUGGCAUUCAACAGCCCAUGAAAGAACAUCUGAUUUGUAACCAAACAGCAUCUAUGUACUGUACUGUAUAUCGCAUAUGCAUCAAAAGGACCAAGACUGACAGUAAUAUAGGCUGGCACAAGAUGCCUCGGUUAUUUUUAUUUUAUUUGCCUGUAACACUUGUUACAAAGUGAGAUUUGCACCUGAUAUAACUAUGCUGUAUUAUUUCACACUAAGUGUACAUGUUUAGACACUACCCUGAUCAUAGCUGUUAUUUCUAGAUGUGGCAUCUGAAUUGUUCAUUUGAACUUGUUAUAAGUAAUUACCAAUUAACAAAGCAUUAUGCACUGAUGCUUUGACACGUCUUUUUUUUUUUUUUUUUUUUUUUUUUUUUGUGGAUUCAAAUGUCAUUUUACAUGGUUGAGCUUCUCUGAAAUGUUAAUUGAACUUUUUUUCUGCUAAUGGAUGUGUUGGCUGUCUAUACUGGAUAUACACUGAUGUAUACCAUUAGAUGCUGCUCUGAUCUGGGUUUCAGUAGCUGAGAGAUUGUAUUCUAUUGUACUCAGAUCAGUAUGCAAAGAUGCAGUGAAAGUCAAACCAACAGGACACCCCAAAGUCUGCCAUACAUAUUCAAUUAGGUUAGAGUCUCAUUAUGCACGUGAACUUUUACAGCAUCAGUAAAGCAUCUAAAUCUAGUCAUAUGAACAAAAUAAGUGCACCCUCUGGAAAUUGCUGGCUUUUUUUUGGACAAGCAAACAUUUGAUGAUAUUUGAAAUAGUGCCUAUUAAUGAAGUGGAUCUACUUGAACAAAAUCACAAGGAAAAAUAGCUUUCAAUCACUCAUCUAACAGCAUUCUGAUAUUCUUCUGUGGAAAAAGUAAGUACACCCUUGCUUAGCCUCAGAAGCUAGUAUUGCCCCCUUUAGCAGAAAUAACUUCCUGUAGCCAUUUUGCAUAAUUGUCCACCAGUCUCUGACAGUGACUUGCUGGAAUUUUUGACCACUGUCCCAUGCAAUAUUCUUUUAGUUGCAAUAGGGUUUUCUUGCAUGUACUGCCUGUUUCAAAUCCCCCCCACAACAUUUCAGUGGGAUUCAAAUCCGGGCUUUGACUCGGCCAUUCCAUAACCCCCCGUUUCUUCUUGUUGAGCCAUUCCUUGGUGGAUUUGCUGGUGUGCUUAGGAUCAUUAUCCUGUUGAAAGGUCCACUUUUGGUUCAGCUUCAACUUUUGUACAGAUGGCCUCAAAUUAUCUUCAAGCACUCUUUGAUAUGAUGCAGAAUUCAUAGUUGAAUCGAUGAAUGCAAGCUGUCCAGUCCCUGAGGCAGUGAAGCAACCCCAAACCAUAACAUUUCCACCACUAUGCUUCACAGUUAGUAUCUCUUGAAAAGCUGUCUUUGGUCUGUGCCAAACAUGUCUGCUGUUACUGUGACCAAACAACUCUAUCUUUGAUUUGUCUGUCCACAGCACAUUAUUCCAAAAGACCUCGUCUUUGCAUAUAUAAUCACUGACGAACUGUAAUCUUGCUUUAAUGUUCUUUUUAGACAGCAAAGGCUUUUUCCUGGCACGCCUCCCAUGCAGAUCAAAUUUGUACAUUUCUGAUUGUAGAUGCAUGCACUUGGACACCAACAGUUGCAAGACACUAGCAGGUUCUAUGAAGAACGUUUGGGCUUCUUGGAGACUUCUUUUUGCAGCAGACGGUCUGCUCUUGGGCUGAAUUUGCUGGGACAGACAGUCAUGGACAAAUUGGCUGUCAUUUGAAAUCUGCGUCACUUGUAGAUUAUUUUCCCUACAGUGGAAUGACGCAUUUCACAUAAUUUGGAGAUCUUUUUAAAUCCCUUGCCAGACUCAUAGGCAUUCACAACCUUUUUUUUUUUUCUGAAGGCCUUAGAGAACUCUUUCUUGGCAUGAUGACGCCACACACCUCAAUAGCAAAGGGAACUCCAGACACUAGAUAUGAGAUGUGUAUAUAUAAAACAGGUUCCACUUGCACUUCCUAAGCAGGUUCUGCUCACUGGCACCCAAUCUUCAACACCUGAUUCUAAUUUUAUGGCGUGUACGUACUUUCUCCAUGCGACUGAUCUGGUUUUUGUUCAUUUAAAUUGUGAAAAUGACAACAAAAUGUCAAUUUUAUGUCAUUUGAUAGUGUAUCAACUUUAUUAAUAGGCACUGUUUCAAAGACAAUCAAAUGUUUGCUUGUCCAAAUAGGAAAUGAAUAAAUAAAUAAAAAGCCAACAAUUUCCAUGAGGUGUGCUUAUUUUUUCCACAUGACUGUAUAUGUAUAAGUUAAAACAAACAGAAAAACCAUUUGAGUGCACCUUUACAUACACACUUCCUAUUGACCUCUGUGCCUUCAGUUGCUUUUUGAGUCGGCCAUUUUCACUGUAGGUAAAGCACUGAGUGUAUUAUUGGAAUCGGUGUUAUAUUAUAGAAGUGGUGUUAUAGUCUUGCAUGCCAGUCACAUUGGUGUUGGUCUGAAACCUCUGUACUGUCUCUCUUAUUUUUUUUUAUUAUUUUGCUUGCAAGGAUGAUGUGCAGAUACAGCUUUUAGUAAGAUUCUGUAUCAAUAGUUUACAUUACUGCCCCUUUCAGAUGAUAAGUGAUUAAAAGUCAACCUCACACAGCACGGUCUUAAUGCUAAAGAUUGAACUCACUGCUGUUUGUUUUUCUACACUCUGACUUCAGUAACCUCUAUGUACUGUAUAGUAAAUAUUCAAAGUAACAACUUUGUUGCUCUUCAUUUGUAGCAUCUAAAUCUAGUUGGAUAAAGAAUGCAAACUAUACAAACCAAGUACACAGAUAUAAUGUGUGAUGUUCUGAAUUUAGAACUUGCCAGAGAUGUAAGACAGAACAUAUCACUCAGUAGUCAAACGGCACCAUACCAUCAAUUAUAGCACACAAAAUAAAGGAGCACAAUAUCUACACUUAA